AUUGGCUAUUCAGGAGAGAGACGAAGGCGCGUAGAUAGAUAACCUGCGUUGAAACGAACAUUUUGCAAAGAAGUUGUUUAUCUUCAAGGCACCAUGCAGUCCAGGCGGUGGUUUGGUGGGGCUGGGUUUAGCUUUGCAGAUGACCCAGUCACGGAGACGUUGUCCCAGGCCAUCCGAGGCACAGGAGAAGAGCUGGACCGAGAGCCAGACGCCGGGGUGCUGUUUGGCAGCCUACAUGGGAGCGUGGUAGGCCUCCGGUAUUAUACCGGCGUGGUGAACAAAGGGGAGAUGGUGUCUCUGGUGCGUCAGCCUCAGAACCCGUUCGACCGUAACGCGGUGAUGGUGGCAAACGUCUAUGGCAGUCAGGUGGGGCACAUCAAACGAGAGCUAGCUGCAUCGUUGGCUAACAUCAUGGACAACAACUUCGCCAGGGUGGAAGGGGUGGUGCCGUUCAGAGUGAACAACCAGUUCACCAUGCCUGUAGUUCUAUCCUUCUGGGGGAGAGAGGAGAACAGAGAUGCAGUGGUGAGGCAGCUAACUUCACGCGGAUUCAAACUGCAGACUGGGCCUACAGUUGGGAAAAGUAUCAUGCGUGUAGACGGUUCCAGAGAUCCGCCCAGGAAGACUGUCCUACUGACUGCAGAAGAGUUGAAGAAUGCAUUUGACAAUUUAUUUGAAAACCUAAUGGAGGAUAAGAAUGGAGAGAGGGAGGCAGCGGAGGCGGUGUGUACUCCGCUGCUGCCCCACCAGAAGCAGGCUCUGAGCUGGAUGUGUGUGUGUGAGAACAACACGGCGCUACCCCCCUUCUGGGAGGAUAAGGGGGGGCUGUUCUAUAACACACUCACACACUCCUCUGUUAGAGAGAGACCACUGAGGGUCCGGGGGGGCAUACUGGCUGACGACAUGGGACUGGGGAAAACGUUGACCACCAUCGCUCUGAUCCUCUCCAACUUCCACCACGGGAAGCCUCUGUGUGAACCGGAGAAGUCUUCCCCUGAGCCAAAGGCCUAUACCACCGCAAGGAAAACCCCUGAAGGGAAGAGUGGAGAUGGGGAUCAGGCAGAAGCGUCCGGGGCUCCCGCUGGCCACUCCCCUUGUAAGAGAGCCAGUCAGGCUGUACCCCAGGUGUUGUGUGUGGACAUGGUGGAGGAGGAUGUAGUGGUAGUGGAGGAUGGGGACGAGGACUGGGUGCCUGAACAGAAAGCAAAGGGAAGGCCACAGGGAGGCAAAUCCAAGGCCACCCCAACAAAGAAAGCUGCUAAGACCAAAGGGAAAGCAGUCAGCACCUCAAAGAAAGGGGGUGCUGUGUUGGAGGACCUGGACUUUGCAGCAGCUCUGAGUGGGUUAACACAGGGAGCUCCUCAGAAGAAGCGUGUCGGGAAAGGUAAAAGUGUAGUUGCGCCGGUAGAAGCUUCCUCCUCCCAAAGCACAGACGACCCAGCAGCCAGAGCCACUCUCAUCAUCUGCCCCGUAUCAGUACUCAGCAACUGGCUGGACCAGUUGGAGCAGCAUGUGCGAGCGGACGUCAAGCUGAAUGUGUAUCUGUACUACGGCUCGGAACGCAACAGGGACACACACUUCCUGUCCUCACAGCACGUGGUCCUCACCACCUACAACGUGCUUGCUGCUGACCACUCGGGCAGUGCUAGUCCCCUCCAUGCAGUGAGCUGGCUGAGAGUGGUCUUGGACGAGGGCCAUGUUAUCAGAAACCCAAAUGCCCAGCAGAGCAAGGCCGUACUCAACCUAAACACACAGAGACGCUGGAUACUCUCAGGCACUCCCAUCCAAAACAACCUGAGGGAUCUGUGGAUGCUGGUGGCGUUUCUGCGUCUGAAGCCGUUUGACGUCAGAGAGUGGUGGAACAGAGUCAUACAGAGACCUGUCACACAGGGGGACAAGACCGGCCUGCAGAACCUGCAGGCGCUAGUGAAAUGUAUCACGCUGCGUCGUACGAAGACCAGCCGUGUGUGUGGUCGGCCUCUGGUCUCUCUGCCAGAGAGGAGCGUCAGAAUAGAGGAAGUGGAGCUGACACAGAAGGAGAGGGAGGAAUACGAGCUGGCACGCACAGAGGGACGCACCACCAUUAGCAGGUACGUUGCAGAGGGGACCGUCCUCAGGAACUAUGCAGAUGUUCUGGCUAUCCUGGUCAGGCUGAGACAGUUCUGCUGCCAUCCUGACCUACUGGGCAAGACAACUACAUACACAGGUGUGGUAGCUGUGACUCCUGCAGAGUUGAGAGAGCGUCUGAUAGUGAAGCUGAGGCUGGUGCUGGGCACUGGCUCUGAUGAGGAGUGUGCUGUGUGUCUGGACUCUGUCCGUCUGCCCGUCAUCACACACUGUGCACACGUCUACUGCAGACCCUGCAUCGCAGAAGUCAUACGCAGCGAGCAGGAGCAGGCGCGGUGCCCCCUGUGCAGAAGCCAGAUCAAGGCCAGUGAGCUGGUGGAGUUUCCUCAGGAGGAAGAGGAGGAGGAGAGCAACCUCUUGGAGAACUGGAGGAGCAGCUCCAAGGUGGAUGCUCUAAUGUCUAGUCUGCUCAGACUGCGCAGUGAGGACGACAGCAUCAGGAGUCUGGUUGUCUCUCAGUUCACACGCUUCCUCACUCUACUGGAGAUCCCACUCAGGGAGGAAGGUUUCAAGUUUGUGCGUCUGGACGGCACUAUGAGCCAGAAGAGGCGGGCUCAGGUCAUCCAGGAGUUCCAGAGUGACGCCCCUGGCAGCCCAUUGAUCAUGCUGCUGUCACUCAAAUCUGGAGGGGUGGGGAUAAACCUCAGCGCUGCCUCCCGUGUCUUCCUCAUGGACCCAGCAUGGAACCCAGCAGCAGAGGACCAGUGUGUGGAUCGGUGUCACCGCCUCGGCCAGAAGAGAGACGUUGUCAUCACUAAGUUCAUAGUGAAGGGCUCCGUGGAGGAGAACAUGGUGAAGAUUCAGAGGCAGAAGCAGGAUCUGGUGGAGAAGGCUUUUGGCACCAAGAACCCCAGUGAGAGGAAGACGUCGCGUGUUGAUGAAAUCCGAGCCCUGAUGGAGCUGUAGACGCAAGCACCAAAAACAGCACUACUUUUGAACAGAGCCCUAUCGGGCAGGCCGAAGUGGCAGUUGACAACCUCCGUUAUUAUCCAUUACGUUUAGAGGGAAUGUUCUGCCAGCUGUGGGACCAAACACACACACAAUGCCCAUCGUUUAGAGCAGUUGUUCCUGAUGCUGCAUAUGUGGGAAUAAAGUUUCUGUAAUAAACCAUA